UCCCGUUUUGAUGCCACAUUUCAAUGGAUGUUGACGAGACGAUGUUGACAUGUCACAAAACUUAGAUAACAUUCGCGAUAAUUAGAGCUUCGUGCUUUUGUAAAGGCCAUUAAAAAUAGUCAUUACCAAUAAUGUAUUGUGAACACAAGGUGGUUUUUGGAUUAAGACCUGAAGUAGUGCUAAGUUAAUAAACUCCAACUUUUGAGAUCAGAGAGGCAUUUUGUGGUGAUAAUGAAACUAGUACCGUUAAAUUACCCUGAAUUAAAAUAUAAGUUAUCGUAAAGAACGGUGAAAAUUACAAAAUAAUGGACUACGAAUAUAUGCCCUUUCAUAGGGAAAAGGACAUCCAUAAUCGAUGCUGUGGAGGAAAAUUUUGGUGCAUUAAGGAUAUAUGUGGAAUCAUUUGUGCAGUACUUACAUGGCUGUUGAUAAUAUAUGCCGAAUUUGUAGUUAUGGCAGUUAUUUUAAUCCCUACUAUAAAUACCUUUUAUUCAAGUUUCAACAUGGCUAUAUUUCAAGGCUUGGCUUUUCUAGCCUUUACCUCGCAUCUGAGAACAAUGUUUACUGAUCCAGGAGCAGUUCCAAAGGGGAAUGCAACGAAAGAGAUGAUUCAACAAAUGGGAUUCCGGGAAGGCCAAGUAAUUUUUAAGUGUCCAAAGUGCUGUUCGAUCAAACCUGAUAGAGCGCAUCACUGCUCUGUUUGCCAAAGAUGUAUUAGAAAAAUGGAUCAUCACUGUCCGUGGGUCAACAACUGUGUAGGAGAAAACAACCAAAAAUACUUUGUUCUUUUUACGUUUUACAUCGCGGGAAUCUCGCUACAGUCGUUGGUUCUUUGCAUUCAUCAAUUUACGACCUGCGUGAGACAAGAAUGGAGAGAAUGUUCAACAUUCAGUCCUCCAGCGACAGUGGUGCUCCUGUUGUUCUUGACAAUUGAAGCACUAUUGUUUGCGAUUUUUACUGCCGUUAUGUUGGGAACCCAAUUGCAGGCCAUUUGGAAUGACGAGACGGGGAUUGAACAAUUGAAAAAAGAGGAAGCUCGGUGGGUUCGCAACAGCAGAUGGAAAUCGAUACAAGCCGUUUUCGGAAGAUUUUCCGUCGCCUGGUUCUCACCUUUCACCUCACCGCCAAACAAGUCGAAACUAGAUGCGUAUUUAUACUCGGUUUAAAUUAUUAAUUUAAUUCUUCAUUCAUGAAUCGAUGGAACAAGUGUGCUAAAUUAAAAUCCACAUGAUACACAAAUAAUGUGUGGAUUUUAUAGGUAGGAUAAAUGUGCAAUCGUGAAUAUUGAAUGCGUAAUCAUUAAUUUAUACCUUGGCCAAGUCGCAAGGGUCAAGUAUUUCAAAGAUACUUGUAUAUUAGAUCGAAAUAGUUAAUUAUUUCUU